UGAGCGGGCACCUCCCCUCUGGACUGCUCAGACGAUUCAGCCCUCGGGCUCCUAGUUGUCCUCCCGCCCUGCAGAUCUGAGCAGAGAAUCGAAACUGAGCUGGGCUCCAUGCAGCAAGAGCCUGCAGCCACCAGAUCUCCAGGCCUCCAGGAGUCCCCUGUCCCGCCCAGCUCACCCACCAUGCCGCCCCCGGAGGCCCCCUCUGAAGGCCAACCGCCCAGCCCCAGCCACAGCCCGGCAGAGGAAGCCAUGGAAGAGGAGUUCCAGUUCCUGAACUGCCAGGGCUGCCAGACCCAAGCCAAGUGCCCCAAGCUGCUGCCCUGCUUGCACACACUGUGCUCGGCAUGCCUAGAGGCACCGGGUUUGCACUGUCCCAUCUGCCAGGCGCCCCAGCCGGUCGGGUCUGUUCAGGCCCUGGACAACGUGUUUUUCGAGAGCCUGCAGCGGCGCCUGACGCUGUACCGACAGAUCAUGGACGCGCAGGCAGCCUGCACCCGCUGCAAGGAGCUGGCCGACUUCUGGUGCUUCGAGUGCGAACAGCUGCUGUGCGCCAAAUGCUUCGAGGCGCACCAGUGGUUCCUCAAGCACGAGGCGCGGCCGCUGGCUGAGCUGCGCCAGCAUUCAGCGCACGAGUUCCUGGACGGCACGCGCAAGUCCAACAACAUCUUCUGCUCCAACCCCAACCACCGCGUCCCCACACAGACAAGCCUCUACUGCCGAGGUUGCUCCAAGCCUUUAUGCUGCUCCUGUGCGAUCCUGGACCGCGACCACGGCGACCUCAGGUGUGACAUCAGCAUGGAGAUCCAGCAGUGGCAGUCUGAGCUGGAUGUGAUGGCACGCGCGCUGCAGGAGCAGGAUGGCUCCUUCGGGGCGGUGCGAGCGCAGGUGAGCUCCGCCAUCCGUCAGCUGGGCCAUGCGCGUGCUGACACGGAGGAGCAGAUCCGCGCGCAGGUGCGCCAAGUGGUGGCGCACGUGCAGGCGCGGGAGCGCGAGCUGCUGGAGGCUGUGCAAGCGCGGUACCAGCGUGACUACGAGGGCAUGGCCAGACGCCUGGGUCGCCUAGACGCUGUGCUGCAGCGUAUCCGCGUGGGGGGCACGCUGGUGCAGAGGAUGAAGCGCUACGCCUCCGACCAGGAGAUGCUGGACAUGCACGGCUUCCUGCGCGAGGCGCUGUGCCGCCUGCGCCAGGAGGAGCCCCAGCACCUGCAGGCCCCAGUGCGCGCUGACAGCUUCGAUGAGAUCAAGGUGCGCCUACAGGACCUCAUCUCUUGCAUCCCCCAGGGGACAGAUGCCACUUUGUCCAGGAGGGUCAUCUCAGAAGCCUCCAGCACCCCCAGUGACUCCUCUGUUGGUGACCAGCCCAACGAGGCAGAGAAGUCACAGGCCAAUGCCCUGGGGUUAUCUGAAGCCCAGCCAGCGGCCGUGGUGCAGUUGGUCCCCAGAGCACCUCCCAUGCCCAUCUAUGCCUUCUCCAUCAGAAGCCCCUCAUCUGGAGAGGUCUCCAACGAAGCCUCCUCCCAGAAGAGAAAGUCCUGCCAGACCCAGAGCUCCAGGAAGAUCAUCAAGUUGGAGUCAGAGGAGGACAAGGAGCUGCCCUUGGCUCCCAGCCCCGGCGAGCAGCCCAGGCCCAGCACCUCCAGGGCAGUUUCGCCUCCGCACCUGGACAGGCCUCCCCAGCCUGAGAGCCCCACCGUGGGAAAAGAGGUCUUGCAGUCCAACAGCAGCCAAGUGACUGGCGUUGCAGCAGAGGCAGAUGAGCCCAUCGUGGUGAUCAGCAGUUCAGAAGACUCUGAUGCUGAGAACUUGUCCUUCCAGGAGCUGGAUGACAGCAGCAGUGAGUCCAGUGACCUCCAGCUGGAGGGGCCCAGCUCCCUCCCUGUCCUGAACCAGAGCCUCACCGACCCUCAGGCAGAAGACAGGCCCCUGGUGUUCUUUAACCUCAAGAUCGACAAUGAAACUCAGAAGAUUAGCCAGCUGGCAGCCGUGAACCGGGAAAGCAAGUUCCGUGUGCUCAUCCAGCCAGAGGCCUUCAACAGCAUCUACACCAAGGCCGUCUCCCUAGAGGCAGGGCUGCGGCACUUUCUCAGCUUCCUAAGGUCCAUGCACUGUCCCAUCUUGGUUUGCUAUAACCUGUGGGGGCCUGGCAUCCCUAACUUCUUUAGGGCCCUGGAGGACAUCAAUAGGCUCUGGGAGUUCCAGGAGACCAUCUCAGGCUUCCUGGCUGUGCUACCCCUCAUCCGGGAGCAGGUGCCCGGGGCUAGGAGCUUCAAACUCAAGAACCUGGCCAAGACCUACCUAGCGAGGAACAUGAGCAAGCGCAGCGCCCUGGCCACCGUGCUGGCCAUGCGCGACCUGUACCGCCUGCUUGAGGUCUCGCCCGGCCCCCAGCUGGCCCAGCAUGUCUAUUCCUUCAGCAGCCUUCAGUGCUUCUCUUCUCUGCAGCCCCUGGUGCAGGCAGCUGUUUUGUCCCGGGCAGAGGCCCGGCUCCUGGCCCUGCACAGCGUGAGCUUCCAGGAGCUGCUCACUGCGCACCGAUGUGACCCCCAGCGUGGCCUGAAGAAGUACGGCCACUACCUCAGCCCACAGAGCACCUCACCCCCUGCACAGCCCUCACACCACCUGCAAGCCCUGAGGACCUACCUGGACGGCCUGCUGAAGGAGCCGGCCUAGGCCUGGGUGGAAGGCGUCUCUCCCAGUCUCUCUGGCCCCAAGCUGAGGGAUCCCUGAGCCAGGCCCUGCCUACCCAGCGUUCCCAGGGCCUGUCUCCCAGCACUCUGUAAUCCUUUGGCCCAAAAUCACUUCCCUUUCUCUGGGACCAAAUUCCCCUUUGCUGAAAACUCUGCAGAGGCAGUCAGGCACCCACCCCCAGGGGCACCCAAGUGCCCCAUUGAGGAACCUGAACCAGGGAGGCCCUGAGUGAAGACAGGGUGACCUCAGGUCUCUGAGGCCCUGUAGUUCCUCCCUAGAGCCCACGUUAGGGUACCCCUGGGUACUCAAAGUGCCUUUCACACCAAACUGCCCCCCUACAAGUGUGGGUUCUGCCAGCCCCUGCCUCUUUUUCCACUCUGUUUUUGUCCUUUAUGGAGCAUAUUCACCCAAAAGGGGCCUUGGGGUGCAGAAAGCAUCAGAAACUGUGCACCAUCCCUGUCCCUGCCUGCACUGAAAUGCCUUUUCCGUCCCAUGGCUUCACUCUGCGGUCCUCGGCGUACAGACCCCUCACAGCACCACCCCUGCCCGCAGCCUCCCACGCAAUGUCCCCACAGAUGGCCUGCAGCAUUGGCACCCUCAGAUCCACGAGCUCUGCCUCAGGCCCCUAGGGCAGGGCCUCUGCUGGCAGGCCAGGAGUCUGAGCUUCUCCAGGCAACUUGAUGCCCACUUAGGUCUGAGAGCCUAGGAGAAGCAGCGUGGAGCAGCAAAGAAAGAUUUCGCCCUGUUCCUUCCCGUUCCGGAGCACCAGUGUCCCCUCAUCUGUGAAAGGGGCCGAUUGGCCUGUGGCUGCAGAGCUCCCCCACCCAGCUCUGCCAUGCCAGGCUUUUAGACAUGGGCAGCAGGCCUCUGAGUCACUAGAUGAAAAAUGUUCUCAUCCAAAGCCAGGUAAGGAGGCACAUGCCUGUAAUCCCAGCUCUCAGAAGGCUGAGGCAAGAAGAUCGCCAUGACUUCAAGGCCAAUCUGGGCUGCAUAGUGAGGUCAAGGGAACUACAUAGGAAGAUCUUGUCUCCAAAAUAAAAAGAAGUUCUCAUCCUGAAUUUAGCUCCUAUUCCAAACCUGUAGGCCUCAGCCUGUGGUCACUCCGGAGGUCAGCAGCAGAACCGGGGUGCUCAAGGCUGUCCCUUCCCCAACUUCUUUCUCUUCCCAUUCCUCCCCAUGCUGCCAGAGAGCCCAGGUGCCCACCUUGAUGGUGGGUGGCCUUCACUUUCACAGGUAAAGGUUGAGUAUCCACAGCCCACCCUGUCCAGUGGGCGCCCCCAGAUCCAUAUACACACCCUACAGGAUUUGCCCCCCAGCUUGACUCUGCUUUGGGCCCACAGCAAACUCCAGCGUGUUGAAAAGAAAUGCCUGUUACAGCUCUGGCUCUGAGCAGGCAGUGGAGGGAGGGGAGAGAGAACGGGAAGCCAGGACCCACCGUGGCCGGGCCUGCCUCCUUGGCAGCUGGCAGAGCAGCACAGGGCCCCUCCUCAUCUCUUGCCCUCGGCCUUGACUACUUCCUCGCUGGCUAUUUUGAGACACUGUUGGUCACAGAUUUUAUAAUAAAGGGGCACUCUGGUGUUGUCCACACUGUCACAGCCUUUAAUAAAGAUGCCUCCAGAAUUUCAA